AUGGCCGUGCCGCCGUCGUCCGCCAUGGCCGUCGACGUGAACUGUACCUGCAGCCGCGUCGUGUACGUCGGGAACGUGGCCUUCCACGCAUCCGAGGAGGAGCUCCGCCAGGCGUGCGAGCUCAUCGGCCCCGUCCGCUCCCUCCGCCUCGCCGCCGCCGAACCGGCCGCCACCAACAAGCACAGGGGGUACGCCUUCGUCGAGUACGCCGACGACGAGACGGCCCGCAGCGCCUGCCGCAACCUGCACGGCCACCUCCUGCGCGGCCGCGAGCUCCGCGUCGGCCUCGCCGGCCGCCGCAGCAGUCGCCGCGGCGGCGGCGGCCCCGUCGGCAUGGAGGACGCCGUCCACGCCGCGUCCCUCGUCGUGUCCGGCCGCCCCCUCGAGUCCGUGACGUGCUACCUGGCGGCGCGGUCGAGGCAGGAGGUGCGGCAGAUGGUGGCCGAGCUGGGGAGCCACGGCGCCGAGGCCGCCGAGCUGAUGAAGCAAACCGUUCCCGGGCUGGCCACCGCCAUGGAGCAGGCGCAACAUCUGCUCGACAUGUACGCCGCCGAGGAGGAGGAGCUAGCCAGGAAGAAGAUGAAGCGCGCGAGCGACUCCCCGCCGGCCGGCGGGGACCAGCACGCGAAGCUGAGCAAGGUCGUCGGAGCUGACGGCGGCGCCAGGGCUUCACCCAUCGUCCCCUGCUUCUGAUCUCGCUGAGCACUGUUACUACUCCAGUUGUCAUCAGUUUGUAAACCUGUAAAUUUGCAAUCGAUGCCAAGCUACAUUCUUGGCCUCAAUAUGGUUGAUGAGCAGACUCUUCAGUGACUACAUUUUAAUUAAUGUUUUUACUUGUCAAAUGUCAUUAGGGCCAUUAACUGUAGGAGCCCUAAGUGUAGACAAGUGAAUUUGUAAUCGAGCCAAGAUACAGGGCUAUGUUCUUGCUCAUGAUCUCUAGCUGUUGUUU